AUGGACCUUCUGGAGCGCAUCAGCCUGGAGCAGGCAGAAGGCUCUGAACCACCCCUGGAGCACUCGACCCUGCCCAAGACUAUCUACUCUGGCCCGACAACCAAGUUUGGGCAGGAGUGGCUCCGGGUCAGGGACAGGAUCAGCGCCUUCGUUUCGGAGUACAUGGAGCCAUUCCUAUCUGCUCACCCCAGUCUGCACAUCCGCUGCAACAGGGACUGCUUCCCCGUCUUCUUCUUCAACGAGGCUGCCAACACAAUCAAGAUCUUCAAGUUCCUCUUCGAGAAGGCGCUGCAUGCCAAGGAGGUGUGCGAUCAGCCCAGCCGCAACGCCGCCAACCCCAAGCCCAGCAACAAGGCCGGGUACAAGCACUACUCCUGCUUUACCAUGGCAGCAUUACUCCUGGAGCAGGCUGCCCUCUUUGCCGCUCUGGACUGCAACCCCUUUGACAGCCAACACUGGUUCAAUGCCUUCAGCACCAGCUUGAUGGCCAAGGACAGGGCUCUAGUCAAGAUCCUAGAGGUGCAAGACCUCCUCACUAACAUGACACAGCUGGUGAAGCACCAGUGCAACAUCCAGCAAGUGUCAAGGUGA